GAAGGAACUUUGACCUUGUUCUCUAAGCUGCUUGAAGAGCGUGACUAAAUGCCCCUGAGUCAGGCUGGCUGUGGGCAUGAAGUGAGUGGCUGGGAAACUCCGAGAACAUGGUGGUGAAUGGCAGGCGGAACGGAGGCAAGUUGUCCACUGACCAUCAGCAGAGCCAGUCAAACCUGCAGCCCGUGGGCAAGGACGCCCUGAAGGCCGGGAAGAACACAGGGGAGAGGAGGUCCAGCCGAAGUAAUGGUAAUUCAGGAUUCGAAAGACAGGGUCGCUAUGUACCGUCUUCUGGAAUGUCUGCCAAGGAGCUCUGUGAAAAUGAUGACCUAGCAACCAGCUUGGUUCUCGAUCCCUAUUUAGGUUUUCAGACACACAAAAUGAAUACUAGCGCCUUUCCUUCAAGAAGCUCCAGGCACUUUCCCAGAUCUAACAGUUUUCCUCAGCACAGCCCUGUGAGGUUUCGGCCUAUUAAAGGAAGGCAGGAAGAGCUGAAGGAGGUGAUCGAGCGCUUUAAGAAAGACGAACACUUGGAAAAAGCCUUCAAAUAUCUGACCUCCGGCGAAUGGGCACGGCACUAUUUUCUUAACAAGAACAAAAUGCAGGAGAAAUUAUUCAAAGAACAUGUAUUUAUUUACUUGCGAAUGUUUGCAACUGAGAGUGGAUUUGAGAUAUUGCCUUGUAAUAGAUACUCUUCAGAACAAAAUGGAGCCAAAAUAGUUGCAACAAAAGAGUGGAAACGAAAUGACAAAAUAGAAUUACUGGUGGGUCGUAUUGCCGAACUUUCAGAAAUUGAGGAGAACAUGCUACUUAGACGCGGAGAGAAUGACUUCAGUGUCAUGUACUCCACGCGGAAAAACUGUGCUCAGCUCUGGCUCGGCCCCGCCGCCUUCAUCAACCAUGAUUGCAGACCUAACUGUAAGUUUGUGUCAACCGGCCGGGACACGGCCUGCGUGAAGGCUCUGCGAGAUAUUGAACCUGGAGAGGAAAUUUCUUGUUACUAUGGAGAUGGGUUUUUUGGAGAGAAUAACGAGUUCUGCGAGUGCUACACUUGUGAAAGACGGGGAACUGGUGCUUUUAAAUCCAGAGUGGGACUGCCUACGCCUGCUCCUGUUAUCAAUAGCAAAUAUGGACUCAGAGAGACAGAUAAACGCUUGAAUAGACUUAAAAAGUUAGGUGACAGCAGCAAAAAUUCAGACAGUCAAUCUGUCAGCUCAAACACUGAUGCAGAUACCACUCAGGAAAAAAACAAUGCAACUUCUAACCGGAAAUCUUCAGUCGGUGUAAGAAAGACGAUGCAGAGCAGAACGUUGGCCAGGCGGUCCCUGCCAAGAAGCCCGGCUCCCUCCAGCUCUACCUCACCUAAACUCACCCACAUGCAUAGCUCCAGGGUACCAAAGAAACUGAAAAAGCCUGCAAAGCCUUUACUUUCAAAGAUAAAAUUAAGAAAUCAUUGUAAAGGGCUGGAGCAAAAGAGUGCUUCCAGGAAACUUGAAAUGGGGAACCUAGUGCUUAAGGAGCCUAAAGUGGUUCUGUAUAAAAACCUGCCCCUUAAAAAAGACCAGGAGCCGGAGGGCGCCGUGCAGGCCGGCGUGGCCAGUGGGUGCUUGACGAGACACGCGGCCAGAGAACACAGGCAGAACUCCGGGAAAGGUGCUCACUCAAGGGGCGAGGGCUCGCCCUGCUCCUAUGUCACCCGGAGGUCAGUGCGGACGAGGGUGAGCCUGAAGGACGCUGCUGACGCCAAGCUGGACCCGAGCUCGGUGGAUGGCUACAAAGAGGACCCCACGGAACCGUGUGUGGAGGAGGGCGAGCAGCCAGCCCCCGGGCCGCUGGAGGAGGACUCAGCUCACGAAGGCACACAGAAGGGGGACGCAAAGUGUCACAAGAGUGACAGCAGCUUGUCCAAAAAGAAGUCCCGCCAGGGAAAGCCUAGGAAGCCGUUCACCCCGGUGGAGGCCUUGGCCCCGGCACACGAGUGCCCUGGGAGCAACAGCGUGGGGCCAGACGUGCCCGGCUCCCAUCCUGACCGGGGCGAGCACAGUGGCACAGGGAGCACACCGUCGGGCUACGACCAGGCGCCCUCGCCCAUAGGCUGUUCGAUUGUCACGUCAGACAGCUUCAAAGCAAAAGACAGCUUUAGGACUGCGAAAAGCAAGAAGAAGCGUCGGAUCACACGCUACGAUGCCCAACUCAUCCUGGAAAAUAACUCCGGGAUUCCCAAAUUGAUUCUUCGCAGGCGGCAUGACAGCAGUAGCAAGACCAACGACCAGGAGAGUGAUGGGAUGGGCUCCUCGAAGAUCAGCAUCAAGCUAAGUAAAGACCACGAGAAUGACAGUAACCUCUACGUGGCAAAGCUCAAUAACGGCUUCAACUCAGGCUCAGGCAGUAGUUCCACGAAAUUGAAAAUCCAGCUGAAGAGGGACGAGGAGGGCCGGGGGCCGUAUGCAGAGGGCCUGCACGAGAACGGCGUGUGCUGCAGCGACACCCUCUCCCUCCUGGAGUCUCGGAUGGAAGUGGACGACUACAGCCAGUACGAGGAGCAGAGCACCGACGGGGCCUCCUCGUCGGAGGGCGAGGAGGAGGAGGAGGACUAUGAGGAUGACUUCGAAGAUGACUUCAUCCCCCUCCCACCAGCCAAGCGGUUAAGGCUGAUCGUUGGGAAGGACUCCAUCGACAUUGACAUUUCUUCCCGGAGAAGAGAAGACCAGUCGUUGCGGCUCAACGCAUAA